AUGAGCCGGCCUUUCUUCCAUGGCAAAUUGCUCUUGGUGCUGUCUAUCUAUUAUUUCAAUGGUGUUUUUGGCAGAGAAGCAGUGUCAGUUGUGAAAGGCAUUGAAUUUGAGACACAAAAGGGUAGACACGUUUUACAUCACAAGGGGAGGAGAAGGUCUGCUUUAUUUGAUUUUGAUGUCAUGAGCUUUGGUGCUCGAGCAGAUGGCCGAACUGAUGACACUCGGGCCUUCAGAACAGCAUGGAAGAAGGCAUGUGAGUCCUCAGGCUCAGUGAAUCUUCUGAUACCAAAAGGGACAUACUUGAUUGGCCACAUCGAGUUUACUGGCCCGUGCAAUAAUGUAUCAUCUCUAACUGUUCAUUUGAAGGGUUAUUUGAAAGCAACAACAGACUUGUCGAAGUAUGGAUUCAGUGCUGGUUGGGUUGAAUUUGGAUGGGUAGAGGGGCUGACCUUGACCGGAGGUGGAACCUUGGAUGGCCAAGGUGCUAAAGCCUGGCCUUACAAUGACUGCCCCACUGAUUCCAACUGCAAACUUCUUCCAACUAAUGUGAAAUUCAUGGCAAUGAAUAAGACAGUUGUACGUGGCAUAACUUCGCUGAAUAGCAAGUUCUUUCACAUAGCUCUCGUGGAGUGCAAGAACUUCAAAGGUAGUAAAAUCAAGAUUUCAGCCCCAGCAAACAGUCCUAACACUGAUGGCAUUCACAUUGAGAGAAGCUCUAGUGUCUACUUUUCUGGAUCACAUAUUGGUACGGGUGAUGACUGCAUCUCUGUUGGACAAGGAAAUUCUCAAGUCACCAUCACAGGUGUCACUUGUGGACCUGGUCACGGUAUCAGUGUUGGAAGUUUGGGAAGAUAUCGGAAUGAAGGAGAUGUAAGUGGACUUUUGGUGAGGGAUUGUACCAUGAUAGGUACUACAAAUGGCAUUAGGAUUAAGACAUGGGAAAACUCUCCAGGCAGCAGUGCAGUCACCAAUAUGACAUUUGAGAACAUUGUCAUGAACAAUGUGACCAAUCCCAUUAUAAUUGACCAAACAUAUUGUCCCUUCACGUCUUGCACUUCCAUGGCACCAUCUCGAGUGAAGAUCAGUGACAUAUAUUUUAAGAACAUUAGAGGGACUUCAUCAUCAAAGGUAGCAGUGGCACUUGAAUGCAGCAAAGGGAUGCCAUGUCAGAACAUAUACCUUGAAAAUGUUCACUUGGACCUGUCAUCAGGGGAGAAACAUGCCACUUCCACUUGUAAAAAUGUUAGAGCUAAAUACAUUGGGACCCAACUCCCUCCACCAUGUUCUUAGUUUUGAUGUUAGAUAGGAUCAAGUUUCUCAUCUGUGACAGUAGUCCAUGCUAUCAAUCCCUCUGAUGUUGUAUGAUCUGUAUAAUAUCACACUUUCCAAAUGACAAUGUUUAACUGCAUUCCUGUG